CCAAGCCUUACGGAUUUGACUCUUCAAGCGCAAGCUUUGAGCACCUUAGCUAACAAUCCUAUGAUCUCAUUGCAACAACUGGGCUUAGAAGGAAUUAUGGGUCAGCCCAAUUUGGCUCAAUUUGCUGCGGCGGCUAGUUCCGUGCUAAGCGGAGCACCGUUUAGUGGCAUCAGUUUGCCCGCCCAACCCACGGCAGUUACAAGUUCAAGAACAAAAUAUAAUCGGCUUUCAAAUGCGCCGGCAUCUUCAACCACCUCGAUGGCUCAGUUGUCCUCAUCUGCAAAACGUACGCGUCUAGACGGGGCGUCAUCCGCUGGUAGUAGUUUCAGCAACGCAGCAAACUCGCUACCUGCAGGUGCUCGUGGUCAAAAUCUGGUGUCUCUGGUAUCACCAACUGACCCCAAAUCUUCACAGGGACGUCCUUCGGCUAGUCCGCAGAAAUCGGACUCUCAUUCCUCCCACAGUCGAACCGCUCUAUCAUCCAGCUCGCGAGCCGUAUACAAUGAUCGAUCUGGGUCGGAUCGGUUAUCAGUUCCGCCAAAAUCCACGGCAACCGGUACUGCGAAAAGCACCGUCCGUCCGUCUUCCUGUGCACCAAAGUCAACCCCGAAGAGUUUUGUGACUGUAGCUACGGUUGAGAGCAAUACAGCGUCGAAGCAAGAUCAAAGGGGUUUGCUUAUAGACGUCACACAGUGCAGUCUGGUUUGGAGAUUAGUAGAGGCUAAAAUGGAUGAGUUUAGCAUGACCUCCCUUUGUAUGGUUUACUAUAAUAGUGACCGGGAUGAUUCAGACGAGGAAGUCGAUUGA